ACCACCUCCCCCCUCCCCCGCGGGAGUCGCCGCGCUGCGGGUCGGAUCCAGGUUGAAGGGGCCCCCCAGGUUCUGUGGGGAUUCCGUGCGGGAGCGACCCCUAAGCCCGGCGAGGGAGCUGGGUGGCGGUAUGCGGCGCCGUUGAGGGCGCUGCCGCGCGGGAUCCCAGGCCGCCCCGAGUCCUGGGCUCUUCGAAGGAGGUUCAGCGCCUGGGGCCGAGCAGCGGGGCAGACGCGGACGCUGUCGGAGCUCCAGCCGACGCGGUGUCUCCAGUCGUAGGUCGGCGCCUGGGGUCGGGGACCGAGGCUUGGGCGCUGCCUGCCCGAGCGGAGAUCCGGGCUUGCCUCCGCCCCCGCUCAGGACCCUGACGCCGGUGAGGCGGCCCCGGGAUGAGCGGGCAGCGCGUGGACGUCAAGGUGGUGAUGCUGGGCAAGGAGUACGUGGGCAAGACAAGCCUGGUGGAAAGAUACGUACACGACCGCUUCCUGGUGGGGCCCUAUCAGAACACCAUCGGGGCCGCCUUCGUGGCCAAGGUGAUGUCCGUUGGAGACCGGACGGUGACUCUAGGUAUUUGGGACACAGCAGGCUCUGAGCGUUACGAGGCCAUGAGUCGAAUCUACUAUCGGGGCGCCAAGGCUGCCAUCGUCUGCUAUGACCUGACGGACAGCAGCAGUUUUGAGCGGGCAAAGUUCUGGGUGAAGGAACUGCGCAACCUAGAGGAGGGCUGUCAGAUCUACCUGUGUGGCACCAAGAGCGACCUACUGGAGGAGGACAGGCGUCGUCGUCGCGUGGACUUCCACGACGUCCAGGACUAUGCAGAGAAUAUCAAAGCUCAGCUCUUUGAAACAUCCAGCAAGACAGGCCAGAGUGUGGACGAGCUCUUCCAGAAAGUGGCAGAGGAUUACGUCAGUGUGGCUGCCUUCCAGGUGAUGACAGGGGAAGGAGCCAGGACCAGACUUCCUUCCUGCCAUUCUGUUCUCACGAUGUGACCUGGGAGUCCAGCUCCAGUGAGGAGAUGCUACUGAGCCUGGGAAAGGAUCGCUGAUGCACUUCGUGCUCCAACUGUAGUGUGGGGUAGAGAAUGUGAAGAUAAAAUAAUUAUUUCCAUCGAUGCUAAAGAUGCAGAUUGGGUUCAUUAGAGGACCAAUACAGUGACUUAAGUCACCUCAAACUCAGUAACUUCAG